UAAAUAAACGCGCAACAGGUAACACAACAAAUAAAAUAAACGCUCGCAAAAUAUUAAUUAAAUAUAUUUUGUUUAAAAAAACAAAAGAAACGAAAAGUGUAAAUAAACAAAACUAUUAUAAUGGUUACUAUUAUGUUCACAAAAUAAACCGCCAAAAUAAAGUGUCGAAAUUUUGUUCAAUCCAACUUAAGUUUAAUUUAAAACAAAACGUGAAGUAGUGACAAUUAUUUGUGGUAAUUAAUUAUGCAAAAUAAUUUAUCGUAGAUUCUUUAAAAUUAAAUCAAAAAUAAUUAAAUUGAAGUCACGUUUAAAGUGUUGUUAUAAAAUAUUUCAAUAUUAAUUCCGAAGAAAAAUAAAAUUAAACAAAUAAACUAAAGGAUCAUAAAGAAAAGUGCUAAUGAAUUUAUUUUAUUAAACCAAAACGAUCACAAAAUCAAAUUUUAAACAAGCGUUGAUAAGCUGCAUUAACAAUAAUCAAUUAUUUGCUGAAACACUUUAAAGAUUUCGGUUAAAAAUUGCUGAUUUCUCAGAAAGAUGACCGACACGAAUUCCACAUCUAAAGAUAAAUCGAAUUCGGUUGUUUCAUUAACCGAUUUUCACUCAAGAACAAAUCUCACAGAGAAAGGUCAGGCAUUCGAUGAAUAUGAUCCCUUUGCACAUCGUGAUCAAGAAAAUGGCAGUUCCACUGGUGGAGCAUUGGCUCAUUUACUGAAGAGUUCUUUGGGUACCGGUAUUUUAGCUAUGCCUAUGGCUUUUUACAAUGCUGGUCUUGUAUUCGGUAUGAUCGGUACCUUAGUCGUUGGUUUCCUUUGUACAUAUUGUGUCCAUAUAUUGGUUAGAACUUCACACAAUAUUUGCCGAGAUGCUCGUGUACCAAGUUUAAGUUUUUCCGAAACAGCCGAGAAAGUAUUCGAAUAUGGUCCAAAGCCUCUAAGACCGUGGUCUAACUUUGCCAAACAAUUCGUAGAUGGCUCCCUAAUGGCCACAUACUAUGCUGCUGCCUGUGUUUAUAUCGUCUUUAUUGCCACUUCAUUCCAUGAUGUCAUCAACUAUGAUUUCGGUCUAAAAUGGGAUGUACGUAUUUAUAUUGCGAUGACUCUUGUGCCCUGUCUAUUCAUUGGCCAGAUACGCAAUCUAAAAUGGCUGGUUCCAUUUUCUGCCAUGGCUAAUCUUUUUAUUGUCAUCACUUUCGGCAUUACACUCUACUAUAUGUUCAAUGAACCCUUGGUUGUCAGCGAUAAACCUUACGUUGCUAAGGCAUCUCAAAUUCCCCUCUUCUUUGCUACGGUCAUCUUUGCCAUGGAAGGUAUUGGUGUAGUUAUGCCUGUUGAGAAUUCAAUGAAGAAACCACAACAGUUUUUGGGUUGCCCUGGUGUCUUGAAUACAGCCAUGAUAACGGUCGUCUCGUUGUACGCUAUCAUUGGUUUCUUCGGUUAUAUUCGUUUUGGCAGUGAAGUUCGUGGCAGUAUUACAUUGAAUUUACCCGAUGGUGCACCAUUGGCUGAUGCCGCUAAACUCUUAAUGGCCGUUGCUAUACUCUUCACUUACGGUUUGCAGUUCUAUGUGCCCAAUGAAAUUUUAUGGAAAAAGAUCAGUCACAAAUUCGAUCCCAAGAAUCACAACAUUUCACAAAUUCUCUUGAGAACCGGUAUUAUUUUAAUUAGUGGUGGUGUUGCUGCUGCCAUACCCGAUUUGGAACCCUUCAUUAGUUUAGUAGGAGCUGUUUUCUUCUCACUGCUGGGCAUUUUCGUGCCCAGUUUUGUGGAGACCGUGUACUUGUGGCCCAACAUGGGUUGGGGCAAAUGGAAAUUGAUUAAAAAUGUUUUAUUAUGCAUUUUAGCCAUAUGUGCUUUGGUAGCUGGUGCUACUGUCAGUAUUGAUGAAAUUAUUGAUAUGUACAAAUAAUUUGUUCAAGUUUUAACAUUUAAGUUCCAUUAACCCCCCCACUACUACUCGUUAGUUUAGUUAAUACUUUUAUAUAUAAAAAUAAUUAUAAAGAUUUUCGAAAGUAAGCUGGUCUUGCCAGUAAGUUGGAAUUGAUAAUUUAGUUUAAUUAAUAAAUAAUAAU